UCCGCCAGCUCCUCAGAGCGUUCCGCGUUCCCUCAUACAUCCGGCCAGAAACGGCGGAAUCCGCCUGGAAACGGCGGAAGGGAGCCUAAAUCCCUGACAUUCAACCAAAGCGCCCAAAUCCACUCAGCAGCGUCGCCCAGGAGCGCUCCCCAGGCUCAACCACCGCAAACUGCCCGUCUAUGGCGUGAGGCUGCGCCGCCAUCUUGGGUGAGGGCAGUUCCGCUCGGUCCUCAGAGCGCUCCGCGUUCCCUCAUAAAUCCCGCCGGGAACGGCGGAAUCCGCCUGGAAAUGCCGGGACUGAGCUUAAAUCCACUGGGGAUGGAUCCUAAAUCCCCUGGGAUUCAACCAAAGCGCCCAAAUCCACCCGGCAGCGUCUCCCAGGAGCGCUCCGCGUUCCCUCAACCAGCGCUAAGUGCCCGUCUCUGGCGUGAGGCUGCGCCGACGUCUUGCAUGAGGGCAGCUCUGUCCGCUCCUCGGAGCGCUCCGCGUUCCCUCAUUAAUCCGGCCGGGAACGGCGGAAUCCGCCUGGAAAUGGCAGGACUGAGCCUAUACCCACUGGGGAUGGAUCCUAAAUCCCCUGUGAUUGAGCCAAAGCGUCCAGAUCCUGGAGCUUCCAUGGCUGUCCCCGGCCCUGCUGCAGCCACAGGUCACCGUGGUGGCCACCCUGGGCGAGCUGCUGGCCACCCUGCCCACACGGGAGGAGGAGACGCUGCUCGAGUGCCCAAAGCGCCUGUACCGGGACCUGGAGGAAUUCACCAAGGAGCUCUGGGUCACCCUGCACUGCAUUGAUGACUCGUGGAGGCACCGCAUUGUCACCGAUGAUGAUGAUGACCCUGUCACCUCCCUGAGCCAGGCCCUGGCUGCCUACACGAGCACCCCACGGACACCCAGGACCGUGUGGCAAUGGCGGCCAGGAAGUGGCAGUGGUCGGUGUCUGUGCUCGUGGACAGCUGGGCCGAGCUGGCCAGGAAAGCCACCGAGCUCCGUGACACUUGGAGCAAGGUGGCCACUGAGGCACUCACCGCCCAGUUUGGGGAGCUGCAGGAGAAGGCUGUCCAUUAUGGGACAGCUAAAGGACACAUGGUGGGGCUGGGUCAGGCCCUGGGUGGGGAGGAGGGGGCCAAGGCGGCGGCCAGGACUGAAUUCUCAGAGGCCAUGGUGGCCACCAGUGAGACAAUAGUGGCCACCAUGGUGAGACAGCGGGUGUGGGCGGCCCAGGGGCUGCUGGAGCGCUUGGUGGCCGCGUGUGACGAAGCCACCGCGUUCCCCCGGGAGCUGCAGCGCCUGCUCGGGGACACCAAGACCGCCCUGGAGGGGACAAAGAAGAAAUUCCCCACUGUCCCCGAGGACUUGGUGGCCAAGGUGGCCGAGGCCGAGUGGCUGUGGGAGGCCAACGCCCGCCUGGCCAAGGAUCACCUGCUGGGGGCAGUUCACGACUUCCUCGACUACUAUAGAAAGGGUGGCCGUGCCAGGCCCCGUGCCCGUGGUGUGCCCAAGUGGUGCCAAAGAGCCAUUGAGGACAUCUCAAGGCUCCUUCAACCCCUGGAGCGUGCCCAGAGCGUCCCCAAGGUGUCCCCAGUGAGCACGGAGCCCCAAGAGCUGUCCCCGACCCUGCUGCAGCCACAGGUCACCGUGGUGGCCACCCUGGGUGAGCUGCUGACCACCCUGCCCACGCGGGAGGAGACGAUGCUCGAGUCCUCAAAGGGCCUGAACAGGGACCUGGAGGCAUUCACUGAGGAGCUGCGGGUGACACUGCAGCCCACUGAGGACACCUGGAGGCGCCACAUUGUCACCGAUGAUGAUGAUGACCCUGUCACCUCCCUGAGCCGGGCCCUGGCCGCCUUCAAGAGCACCCCACGGACCACCCAGGACAGUGUGGCAAGGGCGGCCAAAGAGUGGCAGUGGUCGCUGGCUGCACUUGAGAAGAGCUGGGCCCAGCUGGCCAGGAAGGCCACCGAGCUCCGUGACACCUGCAUGGUGGCAGUCACUGAGGCGGCCACUACCAUGGCCAGGGAGCUGCAGGCCCAGGCUGCCCGUGAUGGGACACCUCAGGAACACAGCGUGGAACUGGCUCAGGCCCUGGCUGGGGAGGAAGGGGCCAAGGUGGCGGCUGGUCAGAGAGCCCAGGAGAGGGAAGAGGCCAUGGAGGCUGCCAGCGAGGCAAGAAGGGUGAGACAGCGGCUGGAGGCGGCCCUGGGGCUGCUGGAGCGCUUGGUGGCCGCGUGUGACGAAGCCACUGCGUUCCCCAGGGAGAUGCAGUGCCUCAUCUGGGACACCAGGGUCGCCCUGGAGGAGACAAAUGAGGCGUCCCCCAAUGUCCCCGAGGGCUUGGUGGCCAAGGUGGCCGAGGCCGAGCGGCUGUGGGAGGCCAACGCCCACCUGGCCAAGGAUCACCUGCUGGGGGCAGUUGACGACUUCCUCGACUUCUAUAGCAAGGGUGGCCGUGCCAGGCCCCGUGCCAGGCCCCGUGCCCGGCCCUGUGCCCGUGGUGUGUCCAAGCUUUGCCUAAGAGUCAUUGAGGACAUCCCAAGGCUCCUUCAACCCCUGGAGCGUGCCCAGAGCGUCCCCAAGGUGUCCCCAGUGAGCACGGAGCCCCAAGAGCUGUCCCCAGCCCUGCUGCAGCCACAGGUCACCGUGGUGGCCACCCUGGUUGAGCUGCUGGCCACCCUGCCCACGCAGGAGGUGGAGAUGAUGCUCGAGUCCCCAAAGGGCCUGAAGAGGGACCUGGAGGCAUUCACUGAGGAGCUGCGGGUGACACUGCAGCCCAAUGAGGACACCUGGAGGCGCCACAUUGUCACCGAUGAUGAUGAUGGCGGCCCUGUCACCUCCCUGAGCCGGGCCCUGGCUGCCUACAAGAGCACCCCAGGGACCAGCCGGGAUGACGUGGCAAUGGCAGCCAGCGAGUGGCAUCAGUCGGCGUCUGUGCUUGUGGACAGGUGGGCCCAGGUGACCAGGAAGGCCACCGAGCUCCGUGACACCUGGAGCAAGGCGGCCACUGAGGCAAUGACCACCGAGUUCAGGGAACAGCAGGAGAAGGCUGUCUGUUAUGGGACAGGUAUAGGACACAUGGUGGGGCUGGGUCUGGCCAUGGGUGGGGGGAAGGGGGCCAAGGUGGCAGCUGAUACUGCAGUCUUCAAGUCCCUGCUGGCUGUCAGUGAGGCACCAAUGGGUGUCGGGGAGAGACAAUGGGUGUGGACAGCCCUGGGGCCUCUGCAGCGCUUGGUGGCCGUGUGUGACGAAGCCACCGCGUUCCCCCGGGAGCUGCAGCGCCUGCUCGGGGACACCAAGACCGCCCUGGAGGGGACAAGUGAGGCAUCCCCUGAUGUCCCCGAGGACUUGGUGGCCAAGGUGGGCGAGGCCGAGCGGCUGUGGGAGGCCAACGCCCGCCUGGCCAAGGAUCACCUGCUGGGGAUAAUUGAGGACUUCCUCGACUUGUAUAGCAAGGGUGGCCAUGCCAGGCCCAGUGCCUAUGAGGUGGCCAAGCGGUGCCAAAGAGCCAUUGAGGACAUCCCAAAUCUGCUGCAGGGAUGAUGAUGUCACUGUCAUGACAUCAUAAUGGCAGUGACAUAAUCAGGGACAUCACUGCUGUCACCUCGCCCUUCCCCGUGCAGUAUUUGACACUAAUGUCCCAAAUCCUGAUGGGAAUUGACGUCACUCAGGGGACAUUUUUGAGAACACGGAGGUGGCAACCUGAUGCCUGUGGAUAAUUUUAUACCAUUUUAUCACGAUUAAAUUAUAUUUUUUUUUAAAAAGUGACUUGCGUUUCUCACACCAGCAAAGGCUCCGUGGCUCCCCUCAGAUGCCGCCACCAUCUUGAAUACGCCUCUUUCAGGCCCAUUUUCCCGCCUUUUUUGCAAAUCUCGCGAGAUUUCGCCAGAAGCAGUUCCGCCAUCUCUGUUCUGGGCAGGCUUUUACAUUACACUACGCCUAAUUUACCGUGUGACAAUGGUGGCCAGCGAGUGGCAGGGGUGGGUGGCUGUGCUUG